GAAAUCCACGGACUACACGCCGCUUCCGCAGUCGUGUCUCUCCGCACAUCGCGAGCCGUCGUGCAAGCAGUGAUCAGCAUUGGGUCCGAUUGAAACUGGAAAAAAUUCAAGCAAAUCAACUCCAAUCAUCUCCAAAAUGAACGGACGCGGCGGCAGAGGUAGGGACUUUGGGAGCAACUGGGGAGGCGGCGACAGGCGUGGCGGCUCGGGCAGCUACCGCAACAGCCAGCCCGGCGGCAACCUGCGCAAGCCGGACUGGGACCGCAUCCAGCUGCAGCCCUUCCAGAAGAACUUCUACCAGGAGCACCCGAACACGGCCAACCGGUCACCCGCGGAAGUGGACGCAUAUCGGCAGGCCAACGAGAUCACAGUCAAGGGUCGGGAAGUGCACAAGCCCAUCCUGCACUUCGAGGAGGGCAACUUCCCCGACUACAUCAUGAAGGCCAUCCACGCCCAGAACUACACCACGCCGACCUGCAUCCAAGCCCAGGGGUGGCCCAUCGCUCUCAGCGGCAAGGACUUUGUGGGCAUCGCCCAGACGGGUUCGGGCAAGACGCUCGGCUACAUCCUUCCCGCCAUUGUGCACAUCAACCACCAGCCGUACCUGCAGCGAGGAGACGGCCCCAUUGCUCUGGUUCUUGCGCCAACACGUGAGCUCGCCCAGCAGAUACAGCAGGUUUCCUCCGACUUCGGAAAGUUCUCGCGAGUGCGCAGCACUUGCGUCUUCGGCGGUGCGCCGAAGGGACCCCAGCUUAGGGAUAUCGAACGAGGGGUUGAGAUCUGCAUCGCCACGCCUGGCCGCCUUAUUGACUUCCUAGAGGCAGGCAAGAUAAACCUUCGGCGGUGCACAUACCUCGUUCUGGACGAGGCCGACCGCAUGUUGGACAUGGGCUUCGAGCCUCAGAUCCGCAAAAUCAUAGAGCAGAUUCGUCCAGACUGCCAGACCCUCAUGUGGAGCGCCACCUGGCCUAAGGAGGUCCGCUCCUUGGCUGAGGACUUCCUCAAGGACUACAUCCAGAUCAACAUCGGUGCGCUGCAGCUGUGUGCCAACCACCGCAUCCUGCAGAUCAUCGACGUCUGCCAGGAGACUGAGAAAGAGGACAAGCUCAUGAAACUGCACCAGGAAAUUCUCAAUGAAAAGGAGAACAAGACCAUUGUAUUUGCGGAAACAAAGCGGAAAGUUGACGACCUGACCAGGAAGAUGCGCCGCUACGGCUGGCCUGCCAUCUGCAUCCACGGUGACAAGACGCAGCAGGAGCGUGACUGGGUGCUCAAUGAGUUCCGGUCUGGAAGGGCUCCCAUCCUGGUUGCGACUGAUGUGGCUGCGCGGGGUCUCGAUGUGGAUGACGUGCGGUUUGUGAUCAACUAUGACUACCCUAACUGCUCGGAGGACUACAUCCACCGGAUUGGCCGGACGGCGCGUUCCAACAAGACUGGCACCGCCUACACCUUCUUCACUCCCAACAACAGCCGGCAGGCGAAGGAGCUCAUCUCAGUCCUGCAGGAGGCCAACCAGGUCGUGAACCCCAAGCUCUACGAGAUCGCCAACAACCCCCGCGCCGGAGGCGGAUGGGGCGGCCGUGGAAGCCGCUGGCGCACGGGGGGCGGCGGCGGCAGCUCGUGGAGGAACUCUGGUGGCUCAAGCAACACACACACACACUUUGCCAGCGGCGCCAACAGCGUAUCUCUCGGCUCUCGAGACAACCAGAUGAACGGCUACGGCCAACAACAGAACAGCUACUACUCUGUCUAGGACACAUUUCUCUCUGGCCCCCACACUCCAUAGGGCGUCAACAAAUUGCUAGGUUUUUUUUUCUCAUUUUCAACUGCGUUUCCACCAGCACCAAGAAGAUGCUUUCCCAGCCACACACACACACACCAUCCUUCCUGGGGUUGUGGGAGGGAUUCGAGGGCUGGGCCAUUAACUGUUACUGGUGUUACUUUUUCGUUGCACCUGCUUUCAGUGACUUAGUGUUCCUGUUUCAUGCUGCAGCCUAUGCCUUUUGUUCUCUGAAAUUAUCUUUUUUUUUUUUUUUGUCAUUGUGAUAUUUGGAAAGCAUGGAGUCUUACGUUUAUUUUUGUGUACUCUCUGCAUUCCCUCUGCAAGUUGUUUUACGUGUUAAUGAAAAUAUUUUUUUUAAGUUAUUGUCGUUCAUCUUUGUAUUUCAAAGCUGAUAUCUCGGGAACAAGUGUUAUUUUUUUUUCCCUGGGUUUCCUAAAGCCCUAUUGUCACUUUUUUUUUCACAUCUCAUUGUCUUGGCUGUUCGUCUGUGCAAAUGGUAUUGCAGAGGCUUUGUGUAUGAGCAUUGUGUUGUUCCAAAUUUUUUUUUUCCUCGAGAAGUCUUGUCAAAAAAUGAGGGCACAUGGCCGUUAUUUAUCUGAACCUGCCGAUCAUGUUCGAUUGUUUUUGGGGGACCUGCCAGUUUCGACGGCUCGUGAUAAGUGCGAAUGAGACUGCUGGAGCUUAUACCAUCACAGCUACCAGCGUCUUUGUGGAGGCUCAUAAGUCAAGAUCUGGAGCUUCUGUUAAAAGUUGAAAAUAUUGGAGACAAAUAAAUGCUGAUAAAAG